GACUCUGUGAUCUUGAGGGGAUUUUUUUUAUGGUGUUUUAAACAUUUCUCAAAAGUAAUUAGCAUCAACGUGCCCAAGUUUAAACCCACACUCUGUAAGUAAUACUGAUUUACAGAUUUAGUUCACACAUUUUCAUCACAUUUGUAACUAAAUUUGGAUUUUGGAUAAAACGUCAGGUUAUGUCCUGUUGAACUAAUCGAUAGUUCUGAAAAUCGAUAGUGUUAAAUUAAAAUGUACACUUAGAUGCUGGAUGAAUUUAGAGAAUGUAACAUUUGAUUUGAACCUUUUUGUUCUGCAGCUUGGAGGAGGCUGUGAGUUGGCGAUGAUGUGCGAUAUCAUAUACGCAGGAGAAAAGGCACAGUUUGGGCAACCAGAGAUUCUGUUGGGAACCAUUCCUGGUGCUGGUGGAACACAGCGGUUGACUAAAGCAGUUGGGAAGUCACUGGCAAUGGAAAUGGUCCUCACUGGAGACAGGAUUUCUGCUCAGGAAGCCAAAGCAUCAGGGCUUGUUAGUAAAGUAUAUCCAGUAGCUCAUGUGGUGGAAGAAGCCAUCAAAUGUGGAGAGAAAAUAGCGAGCAACUCUAAGCUUAUUACAGCAAUGGCGAAGGAAGCAGUCAAUGGUGCUUUUGAAUUGACAUUGGCAGAAGGAAACAGAUUGGAGAAGCGUUUGUUCCACUCUACGUUUUCCACUAAUGACCGGAAAGAAGGCAUGAGUGCAUUUGUUGAGAAGCGGAAGGCUAAUUUCACUGACCAAUGAUUGUAUUCAAAAGUUCUGAAUUGCAAUGGGAACUGAAUUACUAAUGUCAGUUGGAUCAGCCGAAAGUUGAUAGAAAGUUGGUGAAGUUUUGAAAAUGGCGCACAAGAUUACAAUAACAAAUUCUGAUUCCAAAUAGAUAUUUUAUUUUAAUGCUUCUGUAUUUUAUUUUUGUCAGGGUAAUUGUGAAUGAAAUAUGAACAAUGUUUUUACUCAUUAAUAAUAUCUUUGAAUCAUUAGCCAUUCUGUUACUACUUCCACUUUCCACAAAUAAUUUCAGCUGAUUUCCAUUGGUCAAGUAAUUCUAAUUUAGCUCAUAUUAAAUAUUUUGUCAUGUAAAAAGUAGGUGUGUCAAUGUUUAGGGUAUGUGAAAUGGCAUCUGUUACUUCAACAGUACAGCAACAGACUGUAGCAAGUGGAUGGUUAACAGCCUCAGGUCAACUCUUUGAAUUAACUUGCAUUGCAUUGAACUGUACCUGUACAAUUAUACAGUGGGAUUCUUACUAUUUGAUUGGUCUUAACUUGUGGAGAGCAGGAUUCUUUGUACAGGGACAUUUUUUUUGGUUCUUGAUUAACCAGCAAUAAAAGAUUAAAAUAAAGGCAAUUUGCUCUUUGAGACUACCAA